UAUAGCCUGGUGUUGUGUGAUUUUUUUUUAAAACUUUGUCCACCCCAGUCCAACACCGGCACCUCCACAUCUCGACCAGGAAUCUACGCAGAGCAGCAGGGUGUACUACAGCGGUUAAGUCGAUGCCGUGGGCGGUUGCUGGGCGGCGACAGCGCCGAGUUGUUGGUAUGGGAGGCGGGUCCUGGCCUGACGGGGCCUGUCGUACCGCCACGUCAGUGAGACUGUUGGCCGGGGGGGUGGUAUCGGUGGUAGCGGCGGUAUCAAGGCAGGCCAGGUUCGGCCAGGCCCGGCCCCCAUUCUCCUUGUCCACCAACUCCAUGUGGCUGCCGGCACCUUUGAUGAUGCGACUUUAAGUAUGAGUGUGUGGCACCUGGACGGGGAAGGGCGCGGAUAUUCAUCAGCGGCGUUAAGAGAUUCCCCCCAGAAUCCUGAAAAUCGAUAAAUAUUCUUUUUUUUAAAAAAAAACGGGCCUACUCACCGUUUUGGCGGUCCGAAACGAAACGGUUAGAAAGGCUGGAAAACGAACAUUACAAUUCUGUUUGGCGUUCAGAAAAAUCUCAAAGAGAGGGGGGAGAAAGCAAAUAUUUAUUUGUUGCAAACAAAUAGGUCGGUCGUCGAACGGAAGGUGUUCCGCUGGGCUCGAGCUCGUUUUGAAUAGAAUCGAACGCGGGGCGGUUGACGCCGGGCGGCUCCGGCGGCGGGGGAUGGAUCGGGACCAGGAGCUGGCCCUGGCCUUGGCCGCCCAACGGGAGCAGCUGGAGCGGGCGGGCCAGGCUCACUUGCUGCGCUUCUGGGACGAGCUGAACCAGGCCGAGCGGGCGGAGCUGCUCGGCGACCUGAGCGGCUGUCACUUCCCCGAGAUCAUGAGCUUUUUCGACCGGGCCGUGUCGGUGCCGGUGCCGAUCCAGCAGCAGCAGGUGGACGAGCAGAUGGAGCCGGUGCCCAAGGAAGUGCAGGGCAGCGUGUCCAGAGACUGGGAGCGACUACCCGAAUGGAAGGCUGAAGGCCUUUUUCAAAUCUCUGAGAACAAAGUAGCAGUUUUGCUUUUAGCCGGUGGGCAAGGAACACGUCUUGGAGUAACCUAUCCUAAAGGAAUGUACAAUGUCGGUUUACUAUCAAGAAAAACACUUUUUCAAAUUCAAGCCGAACGAAUUCUGAAACUUCAGCAGUUGGCAUCGGAGCAAUUUGGGCACAAAUGCACUAUUCCAUGGUAUAUCAUGACCAGUAGUCCGACAAUGGAAUCUACAAAGGAAUUUUUCGCUCUGAAUGGCUACUUUGGUUUACAGGAAGGAAAUGUCAUCUUUUUCCAACAGGGAAUGUUACCAGCUAUGACUUGUGAUGGGAAAGCUAUCCUUGAAGGCAAAAGCAAAAUUUCACUGGCACCAGAUGGGAAUGGAGGCCUUUAUCGAGCACUUCGAAAUCAGAAGAUUGUGGAGGAUAUGGAAAAACGAGGCAUUGGUUUUAUUCAUGUAUACUGUGUGGACAAUAUUCUUGUUAAAGUUGCUGAUCCAGCUUUCAUUGGUUUCUGUAUUAAGCAGCAAGCUGACUGUGGAGCUAAGGUUGUAGAAAAGACAAAUCCAACUGAGGCUGUUGGUGUUGUAUGUAAAGUAAAUGGCUUGUAUCAAGUUGUGGAAUACAGUGAAAUCACCCUAGUUACUGCACAGAGAAGGAAUGCUGAUGGACGUCUAACAUUCAAUGCAGGGAACAUAUGCAAUCAUUUCUUUACGCUGCAGUUCUUAAAGAACAUUGUUAAAGACUAUGAACCUAAAUUGCGAUACCAUGUUGCCCAAAAGAAAAUUCCUUAUAUUGAUGAAAAUAGUCAGCAAAUCAAACCAGACAGUCCUAAUGGAAUCAAGUUGGAGAAGUUUGUAUUUGACAUCUUUCAGUUUUCAAAGAAAUUUGUAGUGUUUGAAGUCUUGCGAGAAGAUGAAUUUUCUCCACUGAAGAAUGCGGAUAGUCAGAAUGGGAAAGACACACCUACAACCGCACGCCAUGCUCUGAUGUCCCUGCAUCAUCGAUGGGUACUAAAUGCAGGUGGACACUUUGUUGAUGAAAAUGGAACAAGGAUUCCAGCAAUUCCCAGGACCAAAUUCCUGGAACACACUUUCUCAUAAUGGGAGUACCUUCAACACCCUCAGUGUUGCGAUUCAAAACCAAAUUCAAGAUCAUUUUCUCAAGAGAGUUAAUAGAUGAGCAAUAAAUGAUGCCUACAUACUGUGACUGUGUGCAAAAGUUUGGGUAGAAAGAAACAUUCCUAUCCAGAUAAACCCACAAUAUUUCCCAAGUCUUAAAUUCCAAUAUAUGUUCUGUUGUCUUUUUUGGUUUUACACCACUAUGCAUCUGAUUAUAAAUUAAAAGAAAUCAUCAAAAAUCUUGGGGUAAGUCUGGCUGCUGUAACUGUUCACCAGAAACAUCGUUUACUGUGCACCUUUUUCAGAAGCUGUUUAUCAUCAUCAUCAUCAUCAUCAUCAUCAUCUACCCUGCAUUAGUUGUCCUUGAAUCUUGCCAUGGUUUACAAGAUUGCUACAGCACCACAUACCUUACUGUGCAAGUAUCAGCAUCCGGAAUAAAAACUUCUGUACAACAUAAGGAGAAACAGAGAUUUCAAAUACAUCUGCACCUAGAUUUCUUAUAUGUGAGGUAGUUCAGAGAAUGUUUACUGGAUUGAUUCCAGCGAUGAUUGAGCAAUUUAAGUCUAUUCUCCCUGGAAUUUAGAAAGAGAGGAGAUCUAAUUGAGGUAUACAGGAUGCUAAAGAUGAUUAACAGAAUGUUACAUCAUGGGAUAAUUUUGAAUGAGAGGUCACAGUUUUAGGAUGAGGUAGCAGAUUUAAAACCGAUGAAGAUAAAUUUUUUUCCAAAGGGUCAUAAAUCUGUGGAAUCCUUACCCAAGAGUGCAGUGGAUGCUGGAACAUUGAGUAGUUUAAAGAGGAGAUAGACAAAUCUUUAAUUAGUGAUGAGUUGAACGGUCAUACAGAACGUGCAGGAAAGUGCAGAUAAGGUUGAGAUGAGAUCAGCAAAAUGAUAUCAAAUGGAGGAGUAGGCUUAAGGGGCUGAAUUGUGUACGCUUGCUCCUAGUUCUUAUGCUGUUCUAUCGUGUAAUUUGUGAUCUUACAUUCACAUGAAAGUAAGAUAAUGUAGCCAGAAACAGUUACAAUUUAGCUUUAAAAUUUGAUAUAGCUUCCUAAUUAAGCUGACAGUUACAGCUGUGUAUAUGUAAAAUGUUGCCCAAACCCACUGAGACUUAUUUCCUACACCAGUUCAGCAAUCGCUAUACAUGCAAUGUGGUAUCAGCCCAUGGUAGACUUUCACAGUUCUUCUGAAUUUUCCUGAUUUCUUAAAGUCCAUCCUGCACAAUUGUUGGUAUCCAUUUUUAUUUUGAAGUUGCCUUUUCCAUGCUGUAAAAAAAUUUGAAUGCCACUUUCCCAUGUAAGUAAAGUAACCUUAACAGAUAAAAAUAAUGAAUAUUAGAGUUUAUUCUCCUCAAAAGAUAUAGAUCUAUAUUAAAAGUGUUUAUGAUUGCUGAUAAAGCUAUAAAGUAUAUUCCAGAAAAGAUCAUUCACAAAAGAUUUUAAUGCACAUUAAAUGCUCAGUUUUGUGUUGUCUGCAUUCAAGUUGAGAUGCUUCCUGUAUUUUCUAAGUAAUAAUUUGAACAGCAGAUUAACCCCAGUGUAGUUUGAGUCCUUUUAACACCAUUUUGGGGUAUACUGGGGAGAAAUUUGGAGAUCAGCGUCUGUGAUUUAUUCCCUUUUAUGGUCUUUGAAGUUAUUAAAAUCCACUUCCAUAUAAUUUUAUAGAAAUUUUUUUAUUAAUUCAGUUUUAUUUUAGUCCCAUACUUAUUUGUUAUAUUUUCAUUUUGUUGCAUUUUAUUUUCCCAU